AUGAUUAAACAGCUCUCUUCGUCCAACAAUGUGAAAGUACCGCUCGGUGUGAAGGAUGCAAAAGGUCGCGCUAAGAGUCGUGCGUACUUACAACAGUGUCUUCAGGAAAUCGCGUAUCUUACCAGCAAUGUCACACUUAAUCCUAUCGCGAAUCAGUCCGACACAACCGACGCGAAGGGCGAAGCUUCUCACCCAUCGCGGCCCCUUUUUCAUAUACCUGGUGCAGAGUCGUCAACUGAAAAUAAAAACAAUAGCAACAGCAACCAUCAAAUUCAGGACCUUCACACCAACAACUUCAACCAGCAAAAAGACACUCACGACUACAGGUAUUCUUACGAUGUCUCUCAAACACAUGGUGGCCAGUCUAGCACAAGCGCUGUGAAGUCUGCUAUUUCUUUGAACCCAUCAGUUGACAACUGCGCGCAAAAACUGCCAGAGUCGGUUCAAGAAUGCAAGCCGAAUUUAACGCCAACACUCGACCGAACUAUUGACUCCUCAACUGAAAAACUCGCAACUAUUCCUGACGUACAGCUAUGGAAUCCGCGGGGUACCAUCAUGGCCCACUUUGAUUCUGUGCGCUCUCUGGCGUAUGACUCAUUUGGUCAUGGUCUUUUCACAGCUUCUGACGACUGCACAAUCAAGUACUGGCAUCUCUUGUCGACCGAGUCAUCGGAAGGUGCCUCUGAUGAUCCUGUGGUCGAGCAGCUAACGACUAUGCGUGGUCAUGAAGCGCCCGUUACUUGCCUGGUAUGUUCAAGGAAACUCAAUGUUCUCUUUAGUGGUAGUCAAGAUACGACUAUUCGUCAAUGGAUCCUGCCAAAUGAUACACCGACAAAACAUUCAUCUGCACUUGAUGCAAUGGACCAGAUAAUAUUGCCUGGGAACUCGGGCAUCGUUUGGGAUUUGGCACUUUUUCCGAUGAACGCUCAAGAGGACUCGAUACUUGCUUCCGUUUCGGCGGAUGGUAUGAUUAGACUGUGGUCAACUGAUGCGAAAGCAUCGCCGCGCCUAUUCCUCAGCUGGGACUACUUUGGCACUCAACCCAGCAAAGAAGCUGAUGCUGAGCGCCAGUCUCUUACAUGUUUACCUGUGCCUAAGUCUGUGACGAAGUGCUCGGCUGACCUCAAAGUAUGCGUCGUGGCGUUCUCGAAUGGCAUCGUCAAGCUUUUCGAACUGGCAUCUGGUCGUGAAGUAAGGCGAUUCAAUCCGUCUCUUCCAACCUCUCAGGUCCGAGCUGUGGUGGGUCAUCCAACUCUACCUCUCGUUGCUGCAGCGUACGAAGACAAAUACAUCCAUCUGUAUGAUAUACAUACAGGCUCUUGCACUCUUUCUCUGCAAGCGCAUGAUCAAGGUGUCGCGUGCUUAGACAUUGAUCCUUCUGGUCUCACACUGGUAAGUGGCAGCCAUGAUGGCAAGGUUCGGUUCUGGGACUUGCUUAAGUCAAGUGAGUCUGGCUCAACCUCGGCGACUGCCUCUACUUCCAAUACCGCUGCUUCUAAUCAGGAGUAUACAGCAGUUUGUUUCCAAGAACUCUCCCCUCAUCAGAUGAAACAGAAUGAAGGCGUACUAAAUGUGACAUAUCAUCCUUCGAUGCCAUUUGUUGCAACCGCCGGAGCGGACGGCACUGUUCACAUGUACGGAUAA